AAAAGGGGUAGUGGGGACUGUGCUCCACAAUCCAGCAGAGGAACCACAAUAGUGGGCACUACGGUGCCUCAGAAUCCAGUGGAUUGAUGGAUGUUCUGGAGCUCUUGCUGGGCUCGGCAGCCCUGGUUGCCUGCACAGUGCUGCUCUGUGAGUUGCUUCGCUGGGCAUGCCACCGGAGUCUGCCUCCAGGUCUGGGGCUAGAGCUGGCCUUGGAAGUGGUGUCCACUGUGCAGCUGUGCUGCUGUACCCUGGAGAUGGGUCUGCUCUGCGCAAAGGCAGAUUUGGACCUCUGGCUGGUACUAGCUCUGAUCUACCUGCUGACUGUGCUGCAUUGUAUGACUUUCCAAACAGCCACUUGUAACCCCUGUGGUAGUGUAAAUCAGUGGCUGCGGGGCCUGGCGCCGGGGUCACACACUCUCCUGAAGGUGAUGGUGCAGUUUGCAGGCGCUGGACUCUCUCGGGUGCUCAUGCCCCACCUCUGGUCAUUGGGACUGUCACCGCUGCACCAGCUGAACAAGGACUGCAUGAGCCCCCUGCAAGUAUCCCCUCUGUCUGGGGCCUUAGUGGAGAUGACCUGUGCUCUGAGCAUGUUCCUGAUUCUGUACCCUCUUCCCAGGGUCAGUGCUCCUCUGCAGCCUCAUAUGGCGGCUCUGACCAUCACUGGAAUUGCCUAUGCAG